UUAGAGUUCUCAGAAUAGACUUCUAGGAAAUGGUUCAUUUUAAAAGCCAAGCCUUUACUUUCUGCCGUUCUCACAUUUGGUUUGCCACUCUCGCGAAAAACACACUCCGAAACCGCUCCUGUACAUUGGAGUUUUCCAAACGCUUCACAUUUAGGUGGCUUUUAUUUAUUUUAUCCUUUUUGUUUUUCAUUAACGAGAUUAGAUAGUGAUCGGCUGCGUGUCUUUGUAUCGCCUUCAAGCCGCCCCUUCCACGCACAACCGGCGCAACAGGUUCGCUUGUUUUUCUAGUAAAAGGUGCCGACUUUGUAGGUCAUACCUUCUCUUUAUAUGUUUUUAUUUCCCGAAGAGGCAUUCUGAUCGGAUUUGACUCCAGAGGAUUUAAUAGCAUGAUUCUUUGUGUGCCAGGUCCCAGAGCUCUUCUGCCUGCCGCCCCAUCCAUCGAGGGCCCGCGGGGCAUGCGAGCAGGAACAACACCUCCUACCCCAUGCCUUCAAAGCACCCCUCAAAUAUGGGACUCCACGAAGGACCUACGAGCAAUUGCCAGCAACUUCUGCCAUCUAGAAAAUGCAGGAUGGUACUGGGGAGCUGUGACGGCAGCUCAGGCUCACGCUGCACUUCAAGAAGCAUCUGAGGGAGCCUUUCUGGUCCGAGACAGCAGCCACCCUCUCUACAUGCUGACCCUGUCAGUCAGGACUGCGCGUGGACCCACAAGUAUCCGGAUCCAGUACAGCGGCGCUCAGUUUCUGCUGGACUCCAGCUCCCCGGCCCGGCCCAGCCUCUCGUCCUUCCCCAACGUGCCCAGUUUAGUGCAGCACUACAUGGGACCAAAGGGGAAAGCAAAGGAGGGGAAGGUUGAAGAAGAGGAGGCUCCUUCAAAACCCUCCGAGCACACUAUCCAGGAGACGUCGUUGAUACUCAAACUGAAGCGGGCUGUGUACAAGCCCCAGAACCUCCCCUCUUUACAGCACCUAACACGUCUCGUCAUUAACAGACACACCGAAUGCCCCGAGCAGCUCCCACUCCCGAGGCCUCUGCUGUGUUACUUGCGGGACUAUCCCUUCAAGGUAUGAGGUGUGUGUGUGGAGGGGUGUCUGUCUGUAAAAUCUGCCACUACGGACAAAUCA